UUGGCCUCUCCACGUUCUUGCCUGCGGCCUUUGUCCAUUCUCUUCCUCCGCCUCUCGAGUGAGUGGCCAUGAGCUGGGCUGUGGCAGUUCUGCGGGCCAGCGGGAGAGUGAGCUCUGCGGGAGCAAAUUUCCCGUGCCGGGUGAUGGCUCUGAGUCUCCAUGGUGAAGCCCGCGGCCCGCUCAGGGGCGCCUGGCUCCACACCCCCGCAGCCAAGAUGGCGACUAUGAAGAGUGAACUGAUGAAGAAUUUCACUUCAGAGGAGCCGGUUCGCCACAACAAGGUCUCCAUUGUAGGAACUGGGUCAGUUGGCAUGGCCUGUGCUAUCAGCAUCUUGCUAAAAGGCUUGAGUGAUGAACUUGCCCUUGUAGAUCUUGAUGAAGGCAGACUGAAGGGUGAGACGAUGGAUCUUCAACAUGGCAGCCCUUUCAUGAAAAUGCCAAAUAUUGCUUGCAGCAAAGAUUACCAUAUCACUGCAAACUCCAACCUAGUGAUUAUCACAGCAGGUGCACGCCAAGAAAAGGGAGAAACGCGCCUUAAUUUAGUCCAGAGAAAUGUGACCAUCUUCAAAGCAAUGAUUUCCAGUGUUGUCCAGUACAGCCCCCUCUGCAAAAUCAUUGUUGUUUCCAAUCCGGUGGAUAUCUUAACUUAUGUAGCCUGGAAGUUGAGUACUUUUCCCAAAAACCGUGUUAUUGGAAGUGGCUGUAAUCUGGAUACUGCUCGUUUUCGUUUUUUGAUUGGGCAAAAGCUUGGUAUCCACUCUGAAAGCUGUCAUGGAUGGGUACUUGGAGAGCAUGGAGACUCAAGUGUUCCUGUGUGGAGUGGAGUUAACAUUGCUGGUGUCCCUUUGAAGGAUCUGAAUGCAGAUAUAGGAACCGAUAAAGACCCUGAGCAAUGGGGAAAUGUCCACAAAGAAGUGAUUGCCAGUGCCUAUGAGAUUAUUAAAAUGAAAGGUUAUACUAACUGGGCCAUUGGCCUCUCUGUAGCUGAUUUAACAGAAAGUAUUUUGAAGAAUCUGAGGAGAACACAUCCAGUUUCCACCAUAAUUAAGGGCCUCUAUGGAAUAGAUGAAGAAGUAUUCCUCAGUGUUCCUUGUAUCUUGGGAGCAAAUGGUAUUACAGACCUUAUAAAAAUAAAGCUGACCCCUGAAGAGGAGGCCCAUCUAAAGAAGAGCGCAAAAACACUUUGGGAGAUUCAGAAGGAGCUCAAACUUUAA